GUUUGUUACUAUAUACUUGUUACGGCUGUUAUGAGAGAGAGAGAAUUUGAUGAGAUCCGUUGCAAAGACAAACACCCUGCUACUGCCUGAAGUAAGAUCAAGAACACCAUCAGCUGGCGAGAAAUAUUCCCUUGUGUUGUGUGUUGGUCUGGCAGCGAGUCGGGGAGGGGCCUGCUGCACUGCUAUACGUGUUAUGCUGUGUUUCUGCCGUCCCGUAACCGCUGACCACUGACUCAUGGAGGAGUGAGGAGCCGCUGAUGUGGAAGGUGUUUUAGUGAGUUUGUCCAGUAAUGAGUAAGCUGCAGGAUAAUGACAUGCAGGAUGAAGGCAUAGGGCUGCUGCCUCCAUCCGCCUCGUCCUCAGAAGAGAGCCUGAGCCCGGUGCCUAGCAAAGGUGGGGGGGCAGGAGGAGAAGGAGGAGAGGGGGCAGCUAUGUGGGUGAGUGGCCAGGAGGGCGCCCGGCUGGCAUGGGAGGAGGUGGCCCGGCUGCUGCUGAGCGACCCCGCCUCCGGGCUGCCGUCCAGGGAGGUGCUGGCGCGGAGACAGGCGGUCGGCUUCAAUGAGUUUGAGGAGACCCAGGACGACCCACUCUGGAAGAAGUAUUUGGGCCAGUUCAAGGAGCCUCUGAUUCUGCUGUUGCUGGCAUCGUCUGUGGUGUCGCUAUGCAUGGGCCAGUUCGACGAUGCAGUGGUCAUCACCCUGGCCAUCGUCAUUGUGGCCACUGUUGCCUUCAUUCAGGAGCUGCGGACUGAUCGGGCGCUGGAGGAACUCAAGAAACAAGUGCCGGCCACCUGCAUGUGUCUGAGGGAUGGGUGCCUACGGGAGUACCAGGCAAGGGAGCUGGUGCCAGGUGACGUGGUGCACCUCAGCAUUGGCGAUCGGGUGCCUGCGGAUUUGAGGCUGAUGGAGGCAAUUGACCUGUCCAUUGAUGAGUCCAGCUUUACCGGGGAGACCGAGCCAGGAGCGAAGGUGAGCAGCAUCCUAAGCACAGGCGGCUUUGGGGUUUCGGGAAGCCUCAGCAACAUCGCAUACAUGGGCACCUUCGUGAGGACGGGACACGGCCGGGGCAUCGUCAUCAGCACCGGGGAGAAGUCACAGUUUGGGGAGCUGGUGAAGAUGAUGCAGGAGGAAGAGGCGCCACGCACUCCGCUGCAGAAGAACAUGGAUAUGCUGGCCAAGAAACUGUCCAUCUUUUCUUUCUGCUUCAUAGGGGUGGUGUUUGCUCUCGGCCUCUACCAGAGCAUCCCCAUACAGAAGAUCUUCAACAUCGCGGUGAGUCUGGCGGUGGCUGCCAUCCCCGAGGGGCUGCCCAUUGUGGUGACCAUGACGCUGUGCCUGGGCAUCCGUCGCAUGGCGCAGCGUUCAGCUCUGGUCAAGGGACUGCAAACUGUGGAGACGCUGGGAUGUGUCACCACGGUCUGCUCUGACAAGACUGGGACUCUCACCAAGAAUGAGAUGACGGUGACCAACAUUGUAACCUCUGAGGGGGACGAGUGUUGCCUCACGGGAGUUGGGUACUCGGCCGACGGACAGGUGGUGUUUGAGGGCGGGUACUCCGAGCUGGCUAACGAGGCGGUCACCAAACUGCUGGAGACAGGUGCUGUGUGUAACAAUGCUCAGAUUGUGGGUGGCCAGCUGCUGGGACAACCUACCGACGGGGCCAUUCUUGCUGCUGCCAUCAAGCACGGGAUCUACAACGCAGCUGACAAGUACCAGAGGAUGGAGGAGGUUCCCUUCAAGUCAGAGACCAAGACGAUGUCAGUGAAGGUGAAGAACAAGAAGACAGGUGAGGUGGAGUGGCUGGUGAAGGGUGCGGUGGAGGUGGUGCUGCGUUCCUGCACUCACUACCAGCAGAACAUGAGUGUGCUGCCUCUCUCCCAGGAGCGACACAGACACAUUCUCUCCAUUGCGCUGGAACACUCCCGCCGCGGCCUCCGAGUGCUCUCCAUCGCCCGCGGCCCAAGUCUGUCCGAACUGAGCUACAUGGGGCUGGUGGGCAUCAUGGACCCACCGAGGGAGGGAGCACGGCCCUCUGUCACCACCCUGCAGUCCACUGGUGUCAAGGUGAAGAUGAUGACGGGUGAUGCGCAGGAGACAGCGUGUGCCAUCGCCCAGGCUGUGGGAUUGCAGCUGCGGCCUGGUACAGUGUUCUCCGGGGACCAGCUGGAUGCCAUUGAUGACCGCCUGCUGGUGCGUCUUGUUCAGGACGCCUCAGUCUUCUACAGGGUCUCUCCUCGCCACAAACUGCGCAUUGUCAAGGCACUGCAGGAGGCCGGGGAGAUCGUGGGCAUGACUGGCGAUGGCGUGAAUGAUGUAGUGGCACUGAAGCGGGCAAACAUUGGCAUUGCGAUGGGCCGUAUGGGGUCUGCCGUGAGCAAGGAAGCUGCCGAUAUGAUUCUCAAUGACGACAACUUUACCACCAUCCUGUCAGCAAUAGAGGAAGGCAAGUGCAUCUUUCACAACAUCAGUAAUUUUGUGCAGUUCCAAGUGAGCACAAGUCUUGUUGCUCUCAGCCUCAUUGCCCUGUCCACCUUGUUUGGCCUGCCCAGCCCCCUCAACCCUAUGCAGAUCCUGCUCAUCAAUGUGAUAAUGGACGGGCCGCCAGCUCUCACUCUGGGCAUGGAGCCAAUUGAUGAAGACGUGAAGGUGCAGCCACCGCGGGACACCACCAAGGACCUCAUCACCAAGAAGCUGGUGCGCAAUUGUGUCAUCUCUGCCGCCGUCAUCAUCUGUGGUACGCUGUGGGUCUUCAGGUCCGAGAUGAGCGACGGGCGCGUGACGGCUCGUGACACCACCAUGACCUUCGCCUGCUUCGUGAUGUACGACAUGUUCAACGCCAUGUCGUGCCGCUCGGAUACCAAGUCUGUGCUGGAGAUCGGCCUCACCUCGAACUGGUACCUCUUCGUGGCCCUCACCGCCACCGUGGGCUGCCUGCUAGGCGUGGUGUACCUCCCCUUCCUGCAGUGGGUCUUCCAGACAGAGGGGAUCCACCUGUCAGACUGGUUGUACCUGGUCUGCCUCACCUCCACGGUCCUCCUUGUGUCCGAGCUGAGGAAGUUCCUAGACCGCUGGGCUGAGAGAGGCUGGCCGCAGGGAGUGUCUGUGCGGAAUUUGUGGCCGGCUAAGAAGAGCAAGGCAGGCUGGAUGGAUGCUGUGUGAGUGGCUGUGUGUCUCUCUGCGUGUCUGUGUUUUUAUUAGUUUUUGUCGCCAUUACUUACUUAAUUUCCAUCCACAGAAAGGAGAUAAAUCAUUCAGGUGCCGUCUUAACUGAAUACGUGUGUGUACAUAUUUGUUUCCUUCUCUUGGUUAGUUACUCGUUCAGUAGCAGUUUUAGUGUGUGUGUGUGUGUGUGUGUGUGUGUGUGUGUGUGUGCAUGGAAAGAGACAAGUGUAACAGAAAAGUGACGUGUUCAAGGAAGGUUUUGUAAAGUUUUAACAGUGUUUGUAUUUGUAUGUGCUUGUCUCUGUUUUACAUUAAUUUAUUUAAGAGCUAUUUAUUUUUAUGUACUAUCUCAGUUUAUCUCAUUGGUUGGUUUUAAGAGUGCAGGCGGAGCAGGCAAGGUUGUGUGUGCCCCGCAAUGGUGGUCUUUGUGCAGGUUUUAUACACGAGUGCAAUAUUGUCAUGACGCACCUUCAUAUCAUUUUAGAUGUAGGUAUUUUGUAAGGCGGCUGGGUGAGAGAGAGUGGGUGAGGGAGGCACACACCUGUCACCCCGCAUCUGUCACCCCCACACCCCACCACCUGCACUCCCCUCACCCCCCACCCCCCAAAUCUCACUUUACAUUGCACUUGUCUGUCACUUAACUUAAAUAUGUACUAUCUUUCACCCGACACACACGGCCACACCCACGCUGACCUAAAGGAAACCUAACAAGUGUAGUAGAUUUACCUAAUGUUGAUAUCACCUAACCACUCGCCCACACAGUACUGGCUUUUGUCCCAACUCACUCGAUUGUGCUCCGACUUAACCCAAGUUUUAAAAGGUCCUGUACCCUUACUCACACACACAGGUUUUUCAUAUUAUGUAGAUGGCAGAGUUGGCAGUCUCUCACAAUCAUAUAAGGACAGGAUAUUUGUACUUUCUUGUGUGUGGUUGCCUUUCUCAUCUCGUCAAGUUUGGGGAAAAUUCAUGCAAACACUUUCUUGUAAUUUCUCGGAUUUAUGCCACUCAUUUCAUUCAAAAGUCCCUGUGUGGUUGUGAUUGAUGGCUGCCAACGUUCUUGUCUGCACUUUGUGAACGUUCACCACGCCUUGUGACUGAGUGACUGAGUGAGUGAGUGAGUGAGUGAGUGAGUGAGUGAGUGGCCUGGACCAUUCACAGCUUGGGGCACUGUUGUGAAGUGUCCAUCACCACUCAUAAGCUUGACCAGUAGUCUCUCUUUGUGUGUACGUGUGCAUGUGUUUGUCUGCAGCUAAACAAUUUUAUUCACUGUAAUUUUCAGGCCAGCAAAAUUCAACCUUGGUAAUGGUAAUGAUUCUGAACGAUGUGAAAUUAUGGUGUGAGUGAUGAAAGUGGGCCAGAUCCUCCCCUCCUGUGUUGACUUGCCACCUCCCCCAAGCUGUCAGGUGCAGGCAACUAGUGUGGCAGUAAAGCAUAAUAGUACACUCUUUAAGCUCCACUUCCCCAGUAUUUCUCAUUCCUCACCAACACAACUACUGCAAGGGAACAAUAAUACACUUUUUAUCUGGGUGUAGGUGGAGCUUUGCAUAGAAUUGUAUCUUCUUAUGGCACUGCUAAAGGUGUCUCUAUCUAUCUAUCUGUCUGUCUAUCUAUCUAUCUAUCUAUCUAUCUAUCUAUCUAUCUAUCUAUCUAUCUAUCUCUCCAUCUUUAUACUUGGCCAGCAAUCCCACAUGGGGCACACCAGGCAAAGUAACUCAUUCACGCAGACACACACGCACACACAUACAUCACUCAGACUCUUAGCCCCAUGUUACAUUGUACCGAGGAUACAAACACCUCAGAAAUUCCAAUACUCAAGAUUUCAGGUAACAUAAGUUUAGUAAAUUAAGCAAAACAGGUGAUGAAAAGGACAUUGCAUCUGAUUCAGCACUCGUGAUACAUUAGUAGGUAGCUGAGAGGGAAUGGUGAGUCAGGUGGGCCAGGAGGUAGAUAAGAGGAAUGCUUGGGAGGGGAGUGUGUGUUGUCAAUCCAGGGAGUGUUGAGUUAAGGCAGGAGGGGGGAUGUUACAUACUGUGUUACUUAUAAUUCCUGUACCCAUUACCAAGAAACACUGUGUUAGUAUAAUGCAUGCUGCUGAUGAUAUUGGCAGUGUGUUUAUUUAAGUUACUGUUGUCUUAGUAUGUCUUAUUGUGUCUUACUCCACCCAUCCUGUUUAAAUUCACAAGUGUAUAUUUAAUUUGAAAUAUGAGGUUGUGAGUCAGAAGAAAUGGGAGUAUAAUAUGCAUGUUAAGGAGAAUAUGCAAAGUGUCAUGAGGAAAUUCAACACUGUAUUAUUCUACAAAAGACGUAAUAUGUUUAAGAGGAGCCGUGACAGGGUGGUUAACGAAGCUUUCUAUGGAACGUUAGGUUAGGAAGUUUAUGGCGUGGGAGGGAAGGAAGCGAGAUUGAGAAUGCCAGUAGUGAGGAAAGAAGAAGGUCACUUGCAAGGAAAAGAUAAAAAAAAAAGUGCUAUUGAGAAAGCUGUAACCUGGUAUGGGCCUCAGUGAUGAAAAUGCAAAACUGUGUGUGUGUGUGUGUGUGUGUGUGUGUCAGUUUUUUUUUUUUUUUUUUUUUUUUUUCACUUGAGGAUCAACAUUUUCUGUGCUGUCAAAAUAGUUGAAUAUUUUUCAGUUUCUUUCAUGCAUUUAUUAUACCAGGAUAAAGUUUUCCUAAUAGUACAUAAAAGGAGAUGGUAUGAACAAAAGCAGAGAGAGAGAGAGAGAGAGAGAGAUGCUGCAGCCAUCCCCUUCAGAGGCGUGUCCUAGAAGUGGGUGACUUGGCAGCAUUGGAGGGAAACAGGCUGAACGAAGCAGGAAGCUACCUAGUGCACAGAUUGUUUACUGCAUUGUGGAUAAAAUAAAAAAGGGCAAAAAGAAGAGAUUGACAUGAGUGGGAUGCAGUGUGAAGGUACUUUUGUGAUUGUGUUGAGUUGUGUUGUGUUUUGGUUGUAUUGUGUGACAGACAUAUUGUUGAGGAAAGCAUUACCGUGCCAUUAUUAUUUUUAUUAUCAUUAUUAUCAUUAUUAUUAUUAUUAUUAUUAUUAUUGUUCUGACAUAUUCUAUAUACACUGUUUUAUAUAUUCUUGAUGUCAGACCAUUCCCUGUAGAAGGAAAAUUUACAUGUAAUACAUAUUAUGUAUAGUAAAUGCUGAGAAAACUA